CUUUCCACAUCCUUCCGAGAGUCUAAACGAAAAGCUAGAAGCAUGUCCGGCAUCCAUCCCAACCAUUGAACGGACUCGGAAUCUCAAUCAUCUCAAAAGAGGACACCAAGAGCAACACAUCUCAAGUGAAUGGCAAGGGAGAGAGAGAAGGGGGCCAGCACCGACCUAAACUUGAGACGCAUCGAGAUGAUUGCACAAACCAUCAGCCAGGACCAGCGGCAGAGAAGGACUUCUCGGUCGAAAUGCUUGCUGGAUUUGGGCAUUCUUUUCUUUUUUCUUCUGACGCUGCGGCUACCCGUAAGGAUUUUUCUUCGGUUGCCGAUGAUGCAGCAAGAUCUACCCAGACCGACCAUCAACCGAAUAAAGGUGAUCGACCGUCGUCCCUCGUACUCGGUGAAUUAGUACUCAUAGGUACGGAAGAAGUUCUACCGCCUCCCUACGCCCGGUAACUUACUCCGUA